GGUGUACCUACUGCUGCUUGUUGGAAUCACUAUAGAUCUUCAAUUCAGUGUGGUUUGGGUGUCACAACUGUUUGGAUUGAUUUUUCUCUCUGCAUGGUUAAGAAAAUAAAUUGUUUUUUAAAAAUAUUCAUUCGUCUAUGAAAUACAAAAAGAAGUUAUAAAAUAAUCAAUAGUUUAAAGUGAAGUGCUUUGAAAAACAAAACGGUUCGAGGAUAAAGGUUAUUUUUUAGAAAAAAGGAUCUCGGUUAUCCUAAAAGUGUGUUUUGAUAAAACAGAAUAAGAAAACGAAUCAAAUCAUGAUCAAUUUCAAGGAAUUUGCAUUUCUCCUUAUUGGACUACUUAACAUUGCAUUUAUUCCAAAAACUCAAGCUUCAUUCCCAUAUUAUGGCACAAAAAUUGGAUCUCUGAAACGUCUUCACCAUGGUGUUGGUGGUGAUGUUUAUGCCGUUGAUUCGCGAACAAUAUUUUUGAAAAACUUCAACUACGAUGGAGAUGCUCCAGCUGCCUACUUCUAUGUUGGAAACUCAAAGAAACCCACUAAUGAGGGUGCCAGUCGUCUCCGAGAUGAACGAGGUGGAACUUCUUCGUUAACACGUCGCUAUCGCAACAAGGACAUCACAUUAUCCCUCCCAGAAGGAAAAACUCUACGGGACAUCAAAUGGUUUUCCGUGUGGUGUGAUGAAUUUUCCGUCAACUUCGGAGACGUUUCUAUUCCACCAAAUCUAGACUUCCCAAGACCCCAGAAGAUCGCUUCACUCCAGGGAGUUCAUGGUGUUCGAUCAGACAGUAUUGUGAUUGUUGAUGCUCAAACUUUGCUGAUUCCAAAUUUCAGUUAUGAUGGUGAAGCACCAGAUGCCAAAUUCUGGGUUGGCCGCGGUCCCAAACCCUCCCCACAAGGACUCCGGAUUCCCGAUGAAAAUGGCAAGGAAAACGCAUUACGUCGAUACGACCAGAAGACCAUUGUUCUAACCCUCCCAGCCGAUCUAACCAUAUUCGAUAUUGGUCAUUUUGGUGUUUGGUGCGAGGCUUUCACAGUUGACUUUGGCCAUGUUCGAAUCCCAGACGGCCUUAAUGUUCCACCCUCAUUGAAAAUGCUCGGUAUUAGUCCUCAGCGUGCAAAUUUACAUUUACAGUCAAAACUUAAUUGCGAAGUACUUUAUGAUGAUUUGGCGUUUGAAGUGCGUUGGGCUGUCGCUGGUGAAAGUAUCGUUGUGCAACUUGUUGCAAAACUAGAGGAUGGCGAAUACAUGUCCUUUGGAAUUUCAUCAAACAAUAACCGGCCAGUCAUGAUUGGAUCAGAUGUUGUAGUUGCUUGGGUAGACAAAGAAACUGGCAAGGGCUAUGCCCAGGACUAUUAUCUGGAUGACAAGUCCCAGUGUUCUGGCAAACGUGGUAGUUGUCCGGAUGCGAAUAUCGAGGAAAACACGAAUUCCAUUCGACUUCUUAAUGCGGCCAUGGUCAAUGGCUAUUCAAUAGUCACGUAUCAACGCUCUCUUGGUGCUGCCGACCGUUACGAUUUACCCAUAGUCAUGAAUACAUCUCAGGCUAUUGUGUGGGCCAUCGGUCCACUUAAUCAACGCAACGAAGUCUCCUAUCAUUCCAAGUACACGAAAAACGUACAUUUAGUGAAUUUUGGUCGACAACCGACAUGGAACUGUCCAAUGCCUGAGGGUGAAAAAUCUGUACAAGAUGCGGUGGAGGAUGAUGCAGAAGAGCAACAGGGAGAUGCAUCGGACGCAGAAGAAGAAGAAGAGUUCUAUGACAGCCGAACUCAAAAGCCAACCCCACAAGCCCUCAUGCGCCCAACAAGAAGGCAAGAGAUCUCAUCAUCAUCAGCUUCCCGGAAACCAGUGCCUACACCAAAGCCAGCAAAUACCAAGGGAGCAUGGGACAUACCACCAAUUCAAUGCUAUGAACCAGAAGAUGGAGUAUUCUACGCACAGAUGGGUCCAACUGGAGGCAAACAUGGAUAUCCGGCAAUUACCGGACACGUUGGCUGGGGUAUAUCGUGGUACAUAAACGGAUUACUGAUACCCGAGAUUCAUUUGGUCAGGGGAAAGGCAUACACGUUUGUUGUUGAAGGCGGAAAUAAUCCCGAUAUUCCGGCUAAAUAUCAUCCAUUCUAUAUUUCGGAUGAUCCAAUUGGUGGUUUCGAAUACAAGACGGACGAAGAAAAGGCUGCUGUAAAAGUGUUUGCUGGCGUCCACAAAUCACGGUCUGGCAAGGUCACACCAACCGGCGUUGGCCGCCUGUGCAACUGGACCCCAGAUCCCGAUGGCCCUCCAGCUGAUGACUUCCAAUCUUUCGGAGCCUAUCAACGUACCCUGACGCUAGAAUGUGACGACGGCGAGCCUGGUGUGAUCACUUGGACGCCAGACCGUAAUACACCUGACACCGUUUACUAUCACUGUUACACGCAUCGCCAUCUUGGAUGGAAGAUACAUGUGCACGAUAGUUGCGAUGAGGGUGCUGCAGCUUCGGAGAUUGAUGAAACCAUCGCCCAGCCAGAGGAGGAUUACACAGCCGAAUCAUCGAUUCGACACGAAACUAAGGUCAGCCCAAACGAUAAUUUUUUAUUGAAGCAUCAAACAGAUUUGAUUAAGAAUCACAAUAUGAACGGAACACCGCCAAAAUUGAGUUUUGAAUUAUCGAAGUCAUCGGAAAUAACUAAACUGAUUUCAGAUGGAAUCCGCGCUGCUGAGGCUCUCGAGGAGAGUUUAAAAACCCGAAAGGUCCCGUCAUCGUCAUCAUCAUCAUCAAUAUCGUCAUCAUCAACUUCAGGUCAGAUGUUUCCACCUAAAUUCCCACAAAUUUCAACAUCGGCCCCGGAAAUCUUGAGUGGAGAAACCAUGAAAAACCUCAGCUUACCAACCAACAUGCAUCCAUCUAUGCCACAGGACCCACUAACAUCCCAGAGUUCAGGACCCAUCACUUUUCUGAGACCACCCCAAACUAAAAUGCCCUAUAGACCCAUCAAACGCCGUCCUUAUCCGAUGAAAAAGGACCGUCACCCUAUCAAGCGUCCACAUCCACCAUCCCUCUUGGCGUCUAUGAUGCCAGCUCCAAGGCCAGUUGCCAUUCCACAGCCUUCGAUGAUAAUUAAUCAUUACCGCAAACCUAUUCCCUCAAUGAUGAAACCCUUCCUCAAGGAUAAGCCAUAUCCAGUUAAACCGGUACCGUCAGUUUUGCUCCUAGGUCAACCGACGGAAUUGGACUACAAACGUCAAACGGAACCACUUCUAAAGGCAACCAAACCGAAACCGAAUGGCAUAAUUCCAGUACCAUAUGCUGAUAUAGCCCCGCAAGAAACAAUCCAGAACUUUGUUUUUGCCUUCAACGGUAACGGCAAUGGCCUGUCGCCCAAGGAAAAAAAGCCCCUGUUGCCCGAAAAACUUCCCACCAUCGUUUAUAAGACCCCCUAUGAAGUGCGAGAGUCCCAGGAAGAUAUCGAUCUCACUGCCCUGAAACCAGCUGUCAACCAGGGAUUCAAACCCGAUACCGUGGUAGUCGAGGGUGGAUUCAAGCCCAUAAAUCGGAAGAAGACUGAUGAAGAAGUCAUCGGGGAGAAUGUGGUACAAAUUUCACGACGAAAAGACGAUCCCGGUUCUGAGAUCGACGAAGUUAUGGAAACCGACACCCUUUUCCUCAGUCAGGACAAUUCCCAAAACCAAAACUUUGAACCCAUGUUUAUUCCCUCACCACCAGACAGCACCAACGACACAAUCAUCUACAAUCAGAGCACGGCUGCCAAGUUGACGGCCAACCUGAGUGACAUGGAGAUAGAAGAUGGCGACGACAAAAUGGCCGUCGCUGCUGAACGUGUUGACACUUACUAUCUCCCGCCCGACAAGAAGCCAACAACAAGCCCCCGGCCGCUUCCAACAGGGGCUGUUGUGACAUACGAUGGCAAAGCAGUUCUUGACACAUCGCUGGUAAAUCCGCCAAAACUUGAGGCUCGCGACACCCUCAAAAGUACUCAAGGUCUGUCAAAGAGCGAGUCUCUAGUUCGCAAUACUCCUCAAUUUGGACCCUUCCGAGGAGAAAUGCCUCCGUCUAUUCCAGAUUUUCUGGCCACAGCGGAGAAUGAUAAAUCUUUCUCAAAACCAAUCACAGAGUACACAAAUCCUCUGACACUUGAAGGACUUACAUCAACAUCUCGUAGCGUGACGUCAUCACCCAUUUCAACAAAACUUAGUCUACUCAAAUCAACAUCGUGAUGAGAGUCCAUUUUAACACAAAACUUAGCAAAUUUUCUCUAUAAAUAUAAUAAAAGCGGGAUAUUCGUAUUCUUGAGUGGGUUAUUCGCAAAGUCUUCGAAGUGGGAUUCAAUUUAUUUUGAGACUACGAAUGGGCCCCGGUGUGACACGAAUAUUCGUAAUAUUUUAGUAUUCAUUCAUUAUUUUAGGUAGGUACGCAAAUACGAAGACCUCCAUGCAUACGUGUUUUCUGUGGUAUAUUUAAUGUUUGUUUUUGGUACUUAAUUUUUUAUCAUUUUUGUUUCAUUAGGUACCUUAUGUAGUAAAUUUAAAUAAGAUGCUAGUUUAUAUUUUUU